GUUGAUACUAGUGGGCAGACCGCGAAACAUUUGCAUUGUUUUGAGGUUAGUUUAGCUGGUUGGAUAUUUUAUAAGAGGAAGAUCCAGAAAUGGUGUAUAAAAUGGCUAAUUUGAAAUAUACACCCUUGUUGGUGUUCCAGCUAAUACUUAUGGUUCUAUACUUCAUAUUCGUGAAGUAUGGUGGUGAUAAAAGUCACGAUAUACGAGGUUUCGAAGACACACACGUGAUGAUAUUCAUUGGUUUUGGCUACCUGAUGACAUUUCUGAAGAAGUAUUGCUACAGUGCACUGGGUUUUAACUGGUUCCUAGCAGCUCUCGUCAUACAAUGGGCUCUACUGUGUCAAAACUUCUAUCAUAUGAAGGACAACACUAUUUAUGUUACCAAGAAGUCGCUAUUAGAGGCGGACAUAAUGUCUGCGACGGUGCUGAUAACUUUCGGGGCAGUGUUGGGCGCGGCGAGCGGGCUACAGCUGCUGUUGAUUGCAAUCAUAGAGACGGUUGUCGGUUGCUUCAACUUCUGGCUCGUCGAGAGCGUGUUUAAGGCGGCUGAUGUGGGCGGGUCGAUAGCGAUCCAUGCGUUCGGGGCCUACUUCGGUCUCGGCGUGAGCCUGGCUUUGAAGCCGCGCAAAACGAAAAACGAAGCGAAUGCCGCUCCGGCCGUCGAUCUCAAUGGGCCCAGCUACAGCUCGGAUGUAACGGCCAUGAUAGGUUCAAUAUUCCUCUGGAUUUACUGGCCGUCGUUCAACUCUGCCCUCACCAGCUCCAACGGUGAAUACCAAAGGGCAGUAGUCAAUUCGUACUUAUCAUUGGCAGCAGCUACUGUAACGACAUUCGUAUUCUCGUCCCUGGUGAGCCACCACGGCGGCAAGUUGGACAUGGUGCACGUGCAGAACUCGACGCUGGCCGGCGGCGUGGCGGUCGGAUCUGUGUGCAACAUGCACAUCAGCGCGGGCGGCGCGAUCGCCGUGGGGAUCGGAGCGGGCGCGCUGAGCGUGCUCGGCUAUCGGUAUCUGACGCCACUCCUUACACGUAUUGGCAUCCGGGACACAUGUGGCGUGAACAACUUGCACGGUAUGCCCGGGAUUUACUCCGGGAUUUUGACUGUGAUAUUCGCUGCGAUGGCCACUAAGGAACAGUAUGGCAGCGAGCUACAUGACGUCUUUGAGGCUAUUCAUGAGGAUGGCACCGGGAGGACAGCUGGCGAGCAAGCCCUAAACCAAUUCCUAGCUCUCAUUGUUACACUUGCAGUGUCAUUUGUGGGCGGAUUUAUUACAGGUCUUAUCGCUAAAUUGCCAUUCUUGGAGCCAUUGAAGGACACAGAAGAAUAUAAUGACGAAGUCAACUGGGAUUUGCCGUGAUUGAAUAAUUUUGUAGUUAUUUUUGCUGUCGUGUCAUAAUACUGUUGCGUGAUAUUGUUAUCGAUAUUAUACGUUUUACCUUCUCA